GAAGGGGCGGCAGCUCGGCUCUCAUUCGGCAGCGAUUGGAGUGAAGAAGCGUGAUGUCUGGAAGAGGUAAAGGAGGCAAAGGCCUGGGAAAAGGCGGAGCGAAGCGGCACCGCAAAGUGCUCCGUGAUAACAUCCAGGGCAUCACGAAACCAGCCAUACGGCGCCUGGCUCGCCGUGGCGGGGUCAAGCGCAUCUCGGGCUUGAUCUACGAGGAGACCCGCGGGGUGCUGAAGGUUUUCCUGGAGAAUGUGAUCCGGGAUGCGGUCACCUACACUGAGCACGCCAAGCGCAAGACGGUCACCGCCAUGGAUGUGGUGUACGCUCUGAAACGCCAGGGCCGCACUCUCUAUGGAUUCGGCGGCUGAGCAUAAAGCGACCCUUUUCCAGCGAACCCAAAGGCUCUUUUCAGAGCCACCCAAACCCUCCGAAAGAGAGCGGAGACCUGAGGACGUGAGAGGUAGCGCAUGCUGAGGGAACUGUUAUUGUGGCUGGUUAUUUCACAUUUAUCGCGACUUUUAUAAGUAUCUCGGUUUCGAAAAUUUACCAAUAC